AUGUCAAAUAAGAAGAACAGCAAGACAGCGCCUUCUUCAACACCCACGCCAUCCAAAAAGUUGACAAACAGCAAAAAGGGUAUUGUCAAGCAUGGGAAUGCGGGCAGCACCAAAUCUACCGAGGAAUCGGUACAGCGAUCGAGUAUCUUUGGAGACUGGACAGGCAAGACACCUGUCUCACUCUUGCACGAGCACUGUCAAAAGAGUAACUGGGAGAAGCCCGAGUUUGAGAUCAAAAAGAAGAAGAACGGUUACUUGGGAACCGUACAACUGAGUCAGCGUAAUAAAAAGACGGCACAGAUGCAAACAGUUGCAUUCACUCCACCUGAUGAGUUGGUGUUACCUUCUGCCGCAGAAGCCAAGCACCUUGCGGCAACCUAUGCACUUCAUCGAGUCAAAUCACACAUGCCUUUACAACGAGUUUUGCCUCCAACCCACCGAGAUUACUGGAGACAGUUUGAGCAACUCAAGACAGCCAGUAAUCAGUGGCAGUACGACCCAGAUCCGUUCAAUGCUCAUCCACCCAUGACCGCUCAGAAAAAGUCUCGAUCUCUUCCAACCAAGGAACAUGCUGCUUCGGCUGUACCUAUGCCAACAACCGCCACCACAAACAGUUCCAAGCGACCUUUACUAGAUGAAAAACUGCUGAAAGAAUGGGAGAACUUACCAACGGUCCAUAUGAGUCUAGAAAACAGACAGAGGGUCGAAGAGAUCAUCAAGCGGUCCAAGAUAACCUAUCAACCUUUACCUAGAGAACAUACCAAGCAGGAACGUAUGCAUUUGACAAAGGAGUUGGUUGCCAUGGGCUUUCGUCCUGCGCAUGUGGACGAAGCGUUGGAUUAUUCUCCUGAUAAGGAAACAGCACUCGAUUGGUUAUGUUUACAUGUGCCUGAAGACGAUUUACCUGCCAACUUUUUAUUAUCUACUUAUAAUCCGACCAUGACAACCAUCGCACACACGACACAGACCCUCGGCCAGGACUGGCUUUUGAAGCGUAUGGCUGCCAUAGGAUAUCCUGAAAGCAUAUGCAAGGAAGCACUAGAACAGGUCCAAGGUGAUGAAUCCAAGGCAUUGAAACUACUUCAGUGGCGACUUGCACAUGAGGACGAAACAAUGCCUAGCUUAGACCCAGUCGAUCUUGAGGAACUCGAAGCUGUCAGACAAGAUGAAGUGAUUGCGCUCGAGUCCAUUUAUGGGUCUCUAAAUCAAGAAACAGAUAAAGACGGGCGACGGAUCUAUAGUCUACCUUUCAACGUGAGCGCACCAGAACAACCUGUGUUGCAGGUCAUUAUUCCCAAAGAGUCAAUGUAUCCAUUCGAACUGCCCUUAUUUGUGAUCGAAUGGCCCAAUUUGCCAAGUUAUCUGAAACUCUCUCUCUUGCAGGGCCUUAUGGCUGAAGCCGAGCUACAUUUGGGUAUGCCAUUUGUGUACAUGUGUGUUGAGUGGCUACAAGAACAUGCUGAUCACAUGAUUGCUCAUCCUCCCAAGUUACGAGACGUGUCUGAACGCCUCUAUACCUUAGCUCCAACCACACCGGUCCAGAAAAAGAAUAAGUCAAGGAGACAAAUACACCAAAAGCCUACGACGUCCUUAGAUUCAUUGAAAGAACAGCUACUCAACCGACUCGAAUCCGAAGCAUAUGCGCCCAUGGCUGAAGUUAGAUCCAAACUGCCUGCUCAUCAAUUCAAGUCGAAUGUGAUUCACGCUGUUCUAGCGCACCAAGUGACAAUUGUGAGUGGUGAGACAGGUUGUGGUAAGACAACACAGGUGCCUCAAUUUAUCAUGGACGAAGAAAUCAUGCAGGGACGCUAUUGCAACAUGAUCUGUACACAGCCAAGGAAGAUUUCAGCCAUUGGUGUCGCUGAGCGUGUGGCCGCAGAACGAUGUGAGACGAUUGGCAAGACAGUAGGUUAUGCUAUCCGUGGGGAGACCAAAUGUUCAGCAGAGACUCGACUGCAGUUUGUCACCACCGGUGUUCUCCUGCGUCGGCUUCAGAGUGACCCCAACUUGGAAGGCGUGAGCCAUGUGAUGAUUGAUGAAGUACACGAACGAUCGGUCGAUAGCGAUUUCUUACUCGUUCUUUUGAGAAAAGUACUGCAACGACGAAAGGAUCUUAAGGUGGUGCUGAUGUCGGCCACCUUGAAUCAAGCCCUGUUUUCAGAUUAUUUUGGAGGCGCGCCCGUGAUUGAAAUCCCAGGUUUUACACAUCCUGUACAAGAUUACUUUUUGGAAGACAUCUUGAGCAUGGUUCAUGGACAAGCCAAGACAUCACAUAACGAGGAUGUGAUAUCGAAACCCGACUGGGCCACUUGGCAAAUACCUUACUUGGAGCAAGGAUUCAGUGAGUCCACAGUACGGCUACUGUCGCGGUACCGCAACCAUCAAAAAAUUGAUUAUGGCCUGGUCGCACGUCUGGUCAAAUACAUCACUGAUCACGAAACGAUACAGGACUUCAAGCCGGCCAUUCUCAUUUUUAUGCCAGGUGCUGUCGAAAUUAAGACAUGUAUUGACGCGAUUGAAGAAGUCAUGCAAGGCACUGAGGCCGAAAUUUUACCACUUCAUGCUAAUCUGUCACCACAAGAACAAACGCGUGUAUUUCGACCCGUGCCGAGCCAUGUACGAAAGAUUGUGGUAGCUACAAACGUAGCAGAAACGUCCAUCACGAUUGAGGGUGUGGUCUAUGUCAUUGACAGCGGUCGCGUCAAGGAGACACAAUACGAGGCUGCAAGUCAUAUGGUACAUCUUGUUGAGACCUGGGCGUCGCGUGCAUCUUGUCGUCAGCGAAGAGGUCGUGCCGGUCGUACAAGGCCAGGUCAAUGUUUUAAGCUGUUUACAAGAGAGACUCAUGAGCAGAAGAUGAGAGCGCAGCAGGUACCUGAGUUGCUGCGGACGCCCCUUGAACAGCUCUGUUUGGUACUCAAGGCAAUGGGCCAAGAUGAUCUCGUGUCUUUUCUCCGCCAAGCGAUCGAUCCUCCUUCUAUGACCGCUUUAGAGAGCGCCAUCAAAUCGCUGCGGCAAGUUGAGGCCAUCGAUAAGCAAGACCAGUUAACUGCGCUGGGAAAACACAUGGCUGCUAUUCCUGCUGAUCUAAGAAUUAGCAAGAUGCUCAUCUAUGGUUCUGUCUUUGGUUGUUUGGAUCCUAUAUUGACCAUUGCCUCGAUCAUGUCCCUCAAGAGCCCAUUCACGUCACCAAUGGAAAAGAGAGUCGAGGCGAGAGAGGCAAGGGAAAAGUUCAAUUUUGGUAAAAGCGAUUGGCUGGCUGAUAUGAAAGCAUAUGAUAGUUGGUAUGAGAUCAUUCGAUCCAAGGGCAUGAAGGCUGCCAGAACAUUCUGUCAAGAAAACUUCUUGUCAUUUUCCACGUUGAGUGAGAUACAGAAUUUGCGGCGACAAUAUUUGGAAGCAUUGGCGGAGAUUGGAUUUUAUAAAGAGUCAGCACGUUUCAAUGACAACGCAGACAAUGUGAAUCUGGUAAAAUCAGUCAUCUUUGCGGGCUUAAAUCCGAAUGUGGUCAAAAUAAAGCUGCCAGACACAAAGUACGACAAAGUGCUGAGUGGCACAGUCGAGCGAGAGAAAGAAGCAAGAGAAAUAAAGUAUUAUACAAAAGACGAUGGACGUGUCUUUAUCCAUCCAUCAUCGCUUUUAUUUAGCAACAACAGCUAUCAAUCGUUAUUUUUGACAUAUUUUUCAAAAAUGACAACGAGCAAGAUAUUUAUUCGAGAUGGCACAGAAGUGCCCUUAUAUGGUAUACUGUUUUUCGGUGGGUCAAUCAAGGUAGAUCAUCUCGGACGAGGACUUAGAGUAGGAGAUGACGGAUGGAUCAAGUUGAGAUCCUGGGCUCGAAUUGGAGUCUUGGUGAAUCAGCUCAAACGAUUACUGUCAUUAGAGUUGUAUUAUAAAAUAGAAGACCCUGAUAGAGAAGUGUCUGUGGCACAUGCAAUCAUUGCACUCAUCACAAAUGAUGGAAUGAUCUAA